AUGACUAUCCUCACCGGACGCCCACUAAACUGGGCCAUCACGGCCACGGCCGGCUCCGGCUUCCUCCUCUUCGGUUACGAUCAGGGCGUCAUGUCCGGCCUGCUGACCGGCUACGCCUUCACGCGGACGUUCCCCGAGAUCGACACGACCAACGGCGGCGGCGGCAGCUCGUCGCUGCAGGGCACCGUCGUGGCCAUCUACGAGAUUGGAUGUUUCUUCGGCGCCAUCUUCUGUCUGCUCGUCGGUGAAAGGCUCGGACGGAGGAAGUGCAUCAUGAUUGGCUGCGUCGUGCUGAGCAUCGGUGCCGCGCUGCAGGCUGCUUCUUUUGGUAUUCCUCAGAUGAUUGUUGGUCGUAUCGUUGCUGGUCUCGGCAACGGCAUGAAUACUAGUACUAUUCCCGUCUGGCAUUCCGAAUUGAUGAAGGCAAACAACAGAGGUAAAGGUCUGGCCAUCGAACUCGCCAUCAACAUCUUUGGCGUAGCGCUUUCGUACUGGGUGGAUUACGGCAUGAGCUACGUCGGAAACGACUCGCAGUUCCGGUUCCCCCUCGCCCUGCAGAUCCUCUUCGCCAUCGUCACCUUCUUCGGCGUGUUGGUCCUCCCCGAGUCCCCCCGUUGGCUCGUCGCCCACGACCGCCACGACGAGGCCCGCCACAUCCUCUGGGCCGUCGAGAAGGACGCCCGCCUCAUCACCGAGAACGACCCCAAGUUGCAGGCCAACCUGGCCGAGAUCCAGGCCGCCAUCCGCGAGGAGCGCGAGGCCGCCAACUCCGGCUCCUUCAAGAUGAUGUUCAAGAACGGCGACCAAAAGUUCUUUUACCGCACCAUGCUCGGAAUCGGCGGCCAGUUCAUGCAGCAGCUGUCCGGCAUCAACCUCAUCACCUACUACGCCCCCGUCAUCUUCCAGGAGUCCGUCGGCAUGUCCCACAACCUCUCCCUCCUCCUGGCCGGUUUCAACGGCAUCGCCUACUUCCUCUCUUCUCUCAUCCCCAUCUGGAUCAUCGACCGCCUCGGCCGCCGCAAGCUCAUGCUCUUCGCCGCCGCGGGCCAAUGCGCGUGCAUGGCCGUCCUCGCCGGGACCGUCUCCAACGGCAGCGUGCCCGCGGGCAUCGUCGCCAUCGUCAUGCUCUUCCUCUUCAACUUCUUCUUCGCGGUGGGCCUCCUCGCCAUCCCCUGGCUCCUGCCCGCCGAGUACGCCCCCCUCGCCAUCCGCACGCGCGCCGCCGCGCUCGCCACGGCCUCCAACUGGAUCUUCACCUUCCUCGUCGUCGAAAUCACCCCCGUCAGCAUCAACAACAUCGGCUGGCGCACCUACGUGUACUUUUGCGUCUUCAACGCCUUCUUCAUCCCCCUUAUUUGGUUCUUUUACCCGGAGACGCAGAACCUCAGCCUCGAGCAGAUCGACCGCCUGUUCACGGGCGGAAAGGUCCAGUUGCACUGGAACUCGAAUAUGGGUACCCCCGGCGACAACUUGCACGGGGUCAGCGAGAAGGAUUCCGAGUCCGCGUCAGGAGAGGUGCUUCGCGUGGAGAAUAAGGAGUAUUCUCACUAG